AUGUUGGACCCUUGGGCUUGUGAACCAUACUUGGACUCGUAAGUCUUCAUCGUCGAAACCUCUCCUCUCUCUCUCUAAACGACUUCAAUUCCAUUUCUCUCUCUACCACCGUACAGAUUUUAGUCCCUUUAGGGUUUGGAGAUUCAUGAUCGAUAUGGGCUCCGAGGGAUCGAGGGUUGUCGUUCCUAGAAAUUUCAGAUUGCUGGAAGAGCUUGAGAGAGGUGAAAAAGGAAUUGGCGAUGGAACUGUUAGUUAUGGAAUGGAUGAUGCUGAUGAUAUAUUCAUGCAAUCAUGGACUGGAACUAUUAUUGGACCCCCAAAUACUGUACACGAAGGAAGAAUCUAUCAAUUGAAACUGUUCUGUGGAAAGGAAUAUCCUGAUAAUCCACCAACUGUCAGGUUCCAAACACGGAUAAACAUGACCUGUGUCAACCAAGAAAGUGGGAUGGUUGAACCAAGUCUUUUCCCCAUGCUUGCUAAUUGGCAAAGAGAGUACACAAUGGAGGACAUUUUGACACAGCUGAAGAAAGAUAUGAUGUCGCCACAAAACCGAAAGCUAGCUCAGCCACCAGAAGGUAAUGAGGAGGGAAGAAUCGAUCAAAAAGGGUUGGUGAUGAAAUGUUGCAUCAUCUAAAGGUGAGGAGAACGGAUUCGGAUGAUACUGUAUAUAAAUAUAUAAACUGGAUAAAACCAGUUCACGAGCAUUUUAUGUGCCAAUGUCUUUAAAUGUAAUUAAGGAUAAUUUGCAUUUGGAACCUUGAGCCGUUUGAGACAUCACUCUCUCCAAUUCUCACCUAUCGUGUUCUUCAUAAUUUAGUUAUUACUGCUUGUGUCUAGAACCUUGCCUUUCCAAUUCAGAGACCUUAUCUAGAUGUUUAAAUGGAAUCUAUUCUGUGUUGCGGGUA